AUGAAUAUGUCCCUCAAUUUUUUUAGAUACAAUCUUCAUCUUAUUGUAAGUCUCCUUCUUUUUCUUUGUUUUCUCAGAUGUAGCACAUUCCAAACUGGGGAUUUAACCAAACCCGAUAGAGCUAUUGACAGAAUCUUUAGAUCCGGUCAACAAGGACUCUCUGUAAUCGCACAGCUUUCUUCACAAGGGAUUGAUCCAGGUCUUCAAUCUAUCAAUCUACAAUGGCCACUGUCAAGUUACAUCGAAUCAAGGUCUAGGGUUUCAAAUGCUUCAAGUUCUUCCCAAAUAACUUCCCCUCUCAAGACGAUUUUCCUCAAUCGUAUCUUUAUGGCGACGAUUCUCUCUCGAUCGGAUCGAAGACCGCUCACUAUCUCCUUAGAUCUCCAUGCGAGUCUGAUCCCCCCUCUCUGUAACACCCUCGCUUCCUUCCAGAAAUCGAAGACCAUUCUCUCUCGAUCGUAUCUUUAUGGUGAAAUUUAG